CCUAGGAAAAGACCACCUACCACUGGCAAAAUAGUAAACAUCUACUACACCGGAACAUUGGGCAUGUAAUGUCGCACUUUCGUAUAACAACCUCACAUUAGCGUUGACAUAAUUCAAAAAAUGUCAGCUAAUGUUAGCUAACGUUAGCAAAUAAAUAAUUUCAACAAUGUCCUACUAGACAUGCGUAAAUGAAACGGCUGCCUGCUAAACAUAAAAAAACAAAAACAAUUUAAAGAUCUAUGGACAGUGGGUAACAAGGGAUGCCCUUAGCUAAUUGUGUCAUUAAGUGUGUUUUAAACAUACAUACGAAAUCAAACACUAGUAGCUAACAAACUCCCAGCUAAAAAAGAUCGGUCCAGCUGCCUGACAUGUUUUAAACGAAGACGGAAGUUGUUAACAGGGAAUCCUCUCGCUGUGCGCUGAAUGUGGUCUGUUGACUUUCUGCUAGCCUUCAGACAGACCAGAAAGAGCCUGUACUGGAAUGCAAAUGCAGUGUUUAGCUAUUUUUGUCGUGUUGCUUUUAACACAUUUCAACACUGUGACCUUAGCGCACACAAAAGCCUGAAGUUUGUAAUCUGGUCUUUAUCAGUUCAGGUAGCACUUAUCGAGGCUAACGUUACUUUUCAAUGAUGCAGGUGCAGAGAGUCGUUCUCAACUCACGACCAGGUAGAAGUGGGGCGCCAGUUCCCGAAAAUUUCCGCCUUGAGGACAUAACUUUAACACCUGAGUUGAAAGAUGGGGAGGUCCUCGUUCGUACGCUUCACCUCUCAGUCGAUCCUUACAUGCGAUGCAGAAUGAAUGACGACACCGGUGCUGAUUACUUGACUCCAUGGCAGCUGUCUGAGUGCGUGGAUGGUGGAGGUGUUGGCGUGGUUGAGUCCAGCCGCUGCAGCACUUGCACUGAAGGAGAUGCGGUCACUUCUUUCAACUGGCCGUGGCAAACCUAUGCUGUUAUGAAAGGAAGUGUCUUACAGAAGGUUGAUCCACAGUUGGUUGACGGGCACCUGUCCUACUUUUUGGGAGCAGUUGGUAUAACAGGCCUCACUGCACUGUUGGGUGUAAGGGAGAAGGGUAAUGUGACCAAAGGAGCCAAUCAGACCAUGGUGGUGAGUGGCGCAGCUGGGGCCUGUGGCUCCAUAGCUGGACAGAUUGGCAGGCUGGAUGGUUGUGUGAGAGUGGUUGGAAUUUGCGGUUCUAAUGACAAGUGCAGAGCUUUAGUGGAAGACCUGGGCUUUUCUGCAGCCAUCAACUACCACCAAGAGGACGUCCAUACAAGGCUCAAGGAGUGCUGCCCUGAUGGGAUAGAUGUUUACUUUGACAAUGUGGGAGGCGCCAUCAGUGACACUGUAAUCACACAGAUGAACAACGGUGGUCAUGUGAUCCUGUGUGGGCAGAUCUCCCAGUACAACAAGGAUGUGCCGUAUCCUCCGCCCCUGAGUGAGGAGAUAAAGGAAACCCUGCGAAGUAAGAACAUCAGCCGGGAGCGAUUUAUGGUGCUUAACUACAUGAACAAGGCAGACGCUGCCCUCUGUGAGCUCAGUCAGUGGGUUAAGUCCGGUCAAAUCAAGGUGCUGGAAACUAUGGCGAAUGGCAUUGAAAAUAUGGGAGAUGCAUUUUGCUCUAUGAUGAAAGGGGGAAACAUUGGCAAGCAAAUUAUAAAGAUAUCGUAGUGAAGAAAAUCACUGUAGCUGCCAGUAGAGACUGCUCUCACCAGACGCCUAGGGAAAUUAACCUACAGUUGCCUUUCUAUCACCGCCAUUAACACUAACUAAAUGAACACUAGUAAGAUAUUGCAUUGAUUAACUGGUGCUAGUUGGUUACAAUUAUGAAACAUGCAUGAAAAAUCACAGGUUCUUUGAAAUUGUGUUCUUGAGACAAAGAGUAGAGUGGUUAGAAGUUAAAUAAGUCUUGGAUUUUAAUACUUUACUCAAAUACAUCAUUCUGUUAGUAGAAUAAUUCCAAUUAAGUGUAAAAACAAGUAAUCCACUUUGCUUUAGCAUCAUCGUUUAAACUUCUGUUACAGCAGCAAAAGGCUGGCAAGCUAACAAUAACAAAAGUUAGCUAACACUGCACUAGACACCAUGUUUCUUGUCACCUUCAAGUACACAUCUCCCGUCUUCAUGGAUGACAAUGGAAAUAGGCCCUUUGGACUUUAUUGUGUCAUCCUUGUCAUCGUGUAGAUGUGAUUUCAUUUCUGUCACAAUGUUCAACUAAAUUAAAGAUUUUAAACUUUUUUUUGGCAUUGUGUAGUUGUGAUUUAAUAUCUCCUUACCCAUAAUGUUAAACUAAAGAAGUAGCAUUAGCCUGCCAGCUGAAGUAUUCCAUAUGUAGAUGAUAAAUAUUACAGGCACUGGCAGGUUUAGUUUUAAGAGCUUUAGUUAGCUGAAAUGGCUGGUGUUCAUUUUUCACCAAUGUUUUCAGUUAAGAUCAGUUAAGAUAUGACCAUCUCAUCAUAAAAGCAUGAGGGAAAUUGGAAAUGUGUGGGGAAAUGGGGAGGAGACAAAUGACUUAAAUCUGUAACAAGACCAAACAAAUAGAAAGAGUAAGGACUUCUAAAGUAAGAUGAGCUUGAAAUAAAGAAUAUUAUUAACAGCAUUAUUUAUUGAUAUAAUCAAUAAAUAAGUUAUAUUUUUGACUGA